CUGGACCGUUUUUGUCCCUGCAGCCAACUCACCUGCAGGAUGCAGAGGAAUGAUGAUGAGGAGUAUGAGGAGGAGGAGGAGGAAGAUGAGCUCUCCUAUUGGUCCUCCUGGAGCCUGUUGCCAUGAUGACGUCACGGCCCGCAGCGCCGAAUGGACCCAGCAAGGCUGUCUGAUCCUCUCCCCCCCCCCAAAAAAGAGCUCCGCGCGGCUCGACCCGGCACGGCACUGACCGGACGCCAUCGCUGUUGGACAUAAGAGCAAGAAUCGCCCACGUCUCGGUGUAAAGAUCCAGGAGGCAGGAGAGGGGGGCCCACCGUGUUGCGUGUCGGAUCACGAUGAUGCAAAGUGCGGCGAUCCUUCCCACAGAGAGUCCCGUUAAGAGUUUACCGGACAUCCUGGGAGUGCCACUGCAACAGAUCCCCCAGUGUGCCGGCUGCAGUCAGCACAUUGUGGACAAGUUCAUCCUGAAGGUUCUGGACAGACAUUGGCACUCCAAGUGCCUGAAGUGCGCCGACUGCCACACGCCGCUGGCCGAAAAGUGCUUCUCUCGGGCCGGCAGCGUCUACUGCAAGGAGGACUUCUUUAAGCGUUUUGGAACAAAAUGUGCAUCGUGCCAACAGGGGAUCCCUCCCACACAGGUGGUGCGGAAGGCCCAGGACUUUGUGUAUCACCUGCACUGCUUCGCCUGUAUCAUGUGCAGCAGGCAGCUGGCCACCGGGGAUGAGUUUUACCUCAUGGAGGAUGGCAGGCUGGUGUGCAAGGUGGACUACGAGACGGCCAAACAGAACGAUGAUUCGGAGGCAGGGACCAAGCGACCGAGGACCACCAUCACAGCCAAGCAGCUUGAGACCCUCAAAAGUGCCUACAAAAACUCCCCCAAACCUGCGCGACACGUCAGAGAGCAGCUUUCAUCCGAGACAGGGCUGGACAUGAGAGUCGUGCAGGUGUGGUUCCAGAACCGCAGAGCAAAAGAGAAGCGUCUAAAAAAAGACGCCGGCCGCCAUCGCUGGACUCAGUUCUAUAAAAGUGUUAAACGCAGCCGAGGGGGGUCAAAGGUGGAGAAGGAGAGCUCGGCAGACGACGCAGGACUGAGUGACAGCGAGCUGAGCUUCAGAGAUGACCAGGUGCUGUCAGACCUGGGCCACGCCAACGGCCUCUACGGGAGCGUGGGCGACAUAACAAACAGCGCAGUCCUGAACGGCGGCUUCUCGGUGGACGCGGCGGGGCAACCGUACCACGACAUCCGCGCCGGAAGCCCCUACGGCCUCCCGCAGUCGCCCUCCUCCAUCGCCUCCCUGCCGGGUCACACCCCUCUACUCAACAACCUGGCGUUCAGCAUGGACAGUCUGGGAGCGCAGGGCGGAGCAGGCGGCGUGGGACAGGCCCUGAGGGCCAUGGCGGGGGGCCCCGCCUCAGACCUCUCAACGGGCAGCAGCACGGGAUACCCCGACUUCCCCACCAGCCCCGCGUCCUGGCUUGACGAGAUGGACCAUUCCCAGUUCUGAACCACUGAGAGGACAACAUACACACACACACACACACACACACACAUACACACACGUCUUUUUACAUGUUUCUAUGUGUGAUGAAGAGGAAACAGCUGCUUAAGGAACUCCGACUAGUGCACCGUACCAACUUCACCCGACUUCUCAACAACGUCAGGGCUAAAGUGUUGAUCCGGAGGCGCCUUGCAUGCUUCUGAGCGAUCAUGACGAGCCUUUUUUUUUUUUACGUUGACCAUGCACUUUACUCUCCUCCCCACUUGCUGCACACCAGGACACAAAGGCAGAGUUGGACAAGCGGAAGGGAAAAACGGAGACGUAUGCACAAGGCUGAGACAGUGUUGCAUUGGGAGAGAAUUUUACAAGAACUCUGGCACAAGCGUUUAGUUAAAGAAAAAAAACAAAACAACAAAAAAAACGGAGGUUUUUUCUAUCGGGAAAGUCCAUGUUUGGCUCGUCCAUGAGUGCUGAUGUUUUCAUUCUGUGUUUAUGGGUGCUUGACUUCAUGUGUAAUGCGUCAGUAUUUCAUUAUCGCUGUCCACAGGCCAAAUUAUUUAUUUGAAGUAUUUAUUCUCAUAAAACGCACAGACAAAAAAUGUCUUUAUUUUUUAUUAUUUUUUUUUUACAAAUGAAAAUCAUUCACCCAGGGAUUGCUAUGGGACGUAUUAAGCGGCCUUCUACAAACCCCGUUUCCAUAUGAGUUGGGAAAUUGUGUUAGAUGUAAAUAUAAACGGAAUACAAUGAUUUGCAAAUCAUUUUCAACCCAUAUUCAGUUGAAUAUGCUACAAAGACAA